AUGAUUGGUUGUUUGAUUUUACUACUAUUUUUAUGUGUUACUGUGCCAUUACUAGCUGCAGUUGUAAAUAAUAUUUCAAAGCCAUCCAAGGUUCCUCAUUUGAAUGGUAACACAUCUUCCCAGAUAGAUAACGCUCCUUUUCCUUAUCAAAAUCCGCGUUUACCUAAACAUAUUGUACCCCUUUUCUACAUUAUGAAACUUAAUAUUCAAUUUGAUAAAUUAAUUACUGACGGUCAAGUCAAUAUAACAUUACAUGUAACCAAACCUACGAAUUUUAUCGUUUUUCAUCAUGUCUUAAUUGAUAUACAGCUAGUAAAUAUAUAUCAAUCGCGACUACCGACUAUUAAACCUAUCAGGAUUGAUGGCAAGCAAUAUAAUUCAUCCUUACAAAUGUUCUAUAUCAAGUUAUCAUCCAACUUAGCUGUCCAUACCAACUAUACAUUAUCAAUCAAAUUUACAAGUAAAGUUUUCACUGAUAGGCUGAAAGGGUUAUAUUUAAAUAACUACACUGAUAUCCAUGGUCGGCACAGGCAUCUAGCUAUCACUCAAUUUGAAUCCGUUUUCGCUCGAUUAGCAUUUCCUUGCUUUGAUGAACCUGGCUUUAAAACACCUUAUAAAAUCUACAUCGCUCGACCUAAAAAUUUUCAUGUUCUGUCUAACAUGCCUACAAUAACGGAACGAUCUCUAACCAGCCAAAUUGUGGAAGCUGAAUUCGCUACCACUCCGCCUUUAAGUUCUUAUCUCAUCGCUUAUGUAAUCGGCAAUCUAGCUCACUUGGAAAUAAAAUCUAAUAGUAAUAUCACGCUGCGGAUUUGGUGCUCCCCUAAUAUGCUUAAUUACACCAAAUUAGCUAUUAAUCACGCUAAAAUAGUUGUGGCACAAUUUGAAAACUUAUUCCACAUGAAGCUGAACUCUUCCAAAUUAGAUAUGGUCCUAGCACCUAAUUAUUUAAGUGGAGGAAUGGAAAAUUGGGGACUGAUUACCUAUCCAGAAAGCUCUGCAAUUUACAUGCCAGUUGAAAAUCAACAGCGACAAACUGUGAUUAGUACCGUUACCCACGAAAUAGCUCAUCAGUGGUUUGGCAAUAUCGUGACUAUCAAAUGGUGGAAUGAAUUAUGGGUUAAAGAAGGCUUUGCAACGUUGAUGGAGUUUGUCAGUGAAUACAAAUUGACAACAAUGAAACAGGCGAUGGCAUCCUUCUUCCAAAGUAACCAUCUAGCAGCGCUAAAGGAAGAUAGUUUCUUUGCUUCACAUGCACUAUCGAUGCCAAUUUCAACCCUUGAAAAAAUUAAAGCAAAUUAUGAUAGCAUAGAAUAUGCUAAGGGAGCAUGUAUUCUACAAAUGUUAUUAUUUUUUUUGGGUGAGAAGACUUUCCUUCAAGGAACUGAGCAUUAUCUAUAUAAAUGGAAAUCUAAAACCGCAAGCAACCUAGAUUUAUGGAAAUCUUUUGAUAAGGUACGAAAAUAUAUGUUGAGCGAGAAUCCUAUAAGCGCUACUAUGAUCUUGCAUUACAAAGAUUCAAAAGAGUUGAUUAUUAUAUAUAACUGA